AAUUGUAUUGUAUUAGUACCUCCUAAGCCUGUCCAUCUCAAACCUGUUGGAUGGAAAAGAGAUUUUGAGUUAAUACCUCCAGCACCUUGUAGACCUCUUCCUGCUGACCCCAGACUAUCCAGAAGCUCGCUGCCAGUAGAAGGAGGAUCACAAACAUCAUCGGACAUCAACUCUCUAAUUGAAAAAUUUGAAAGCAUCUGGCAACCCAUUCACAUCUUUCAAAGGGGCCAGUUAAGUUUAGCUUUUAAGAUGGAAUCAGGAUUGGAUUCUUCACCACAACCAAAUGCAGCAGACCAUGAGCAGAUGACAAGUUCUGGCAGCUCUGCAAGCGAAAGAAGUGAGCCAGGUGAGAAAGAGCCAGAUGUACUAUGCACUGCAGGGCAGUAUAACACAGACUUAAUCAAAAUGAAAGAAUUCAACAUCGGGGAGAGCCAAAACUAUGAGGACCAUUCUCCAGUGAAUCCCAGUGAAGAGCCCAGAGUAGAACACGGGGCUAAAGACACAGCUGCCGAGCAGAAUGGAAAUGGGAAAAUACCAAAUCGAGACAGUGGAAUCGACAGUCCUUCCUGCAGUGUGGCAGGAGAGACCUUUCCAAAUGAAGAGGGAGGGGAGCCCAAGAAAGGUGUUGGAGCUGGAAUCCUGACCAAGAUGGAGUCUGAGGGAAAGGUCAGGAAGUCUUCACCUGCUGAACCCAAGAGAGAUUCGACCCAGGACGAAGACAGUGAUAUUGAUGAGGGGAGUAGUGAAGAGCAGGAGUCAGCUGAAGGUCCAAAGUCAGAAGAUUUAGAUACAGCCAAGUGUACAGAGCCACAAAAGCUAUUCAAUAUUGCAAAUGAACUUCUAAGUACUGAAGAAGCCUAUGUGAAAAGACUGCAUCUUCUAGAUCAGGUUUUUUGUACCAAGUUGGCAGAAGCUGGGAUUCCAUCUGAAGUGACAACUGGCAUUUUCUCCAAUAUUUCUUCAAUCUACUGUUUCCAUGGGAAGUUUCUUCUGCCAGAACUACAAACCCGGAUUACUUGCGAGUGGAAUACUAACCCCAGGAUUGGAGACAUCCUUCAGAAGCUCGCUCCAUUUCUGAAAAUGUAUGGAGAAUAUGUGAAGAACUUUGACAGAGCCAUGGAUAUGGUGAACACUUGGACACAGAGAUCAUCCCCAUUUAAAGAUGUUGUUCAAAACAUUCAGAAGCAGGAGGUGUGUGGGAACCUAACGUUACAACACCACAUGCUGGAGCCAGUACAGAGGAUCCCUCGCUAUGAGAUGCUGCUCAAGGAUUAUCUAAAGAAGCUUCCUGAGGAGUCUCCAGAUAGAAAAGAUGCUGAAAAAUCACUGGAGCUCAUCUCCACAGCAGCAAAUCAUUCAAAUGCGGCUAUUCGUAAGAUGGAAAAGAUGCACAAGCUCUUGGAAGUGUACGAACGGCUGGGAGGUGAAGAAGAUAUUGUUAAUCCCGCCAAUGAGCUCAUUAAAGAAGGACACAUUCAGAAACUCUCUGCGAAGAAUGGCACAGCUCAAGAUAGGUACUUGUUUCUGUUCAAUAAUAUGGUGUUAUACUGUGUGCCCAAACUGAGACUCAUGGGUCAGAAGUUCAGUGUUCGCGAAAGGAUCGAAAUAGCAGGCAUGCAGGUGCAGGAAAGUGUGAAGCAGAAUGCAGCACAUACAUUUAUAAUAACAGGAAAAAAGAGAUCUUUGGAAUUGCAAACUAGAACUGAAGAGGAAAAAAAAGAAUGGAUUCAGGUCAUUUUAGCAACAAUUGAACUGCACAAGCAAAACAGUGAGACAUUCAGAGCUUUUAACACUGCUCUGUCUCAGGAAGAGGACCAUUUACUGGACUCACCUAUGGUGAGCACCUGCUCUGUUGAGUCUAUGGUUGGGGCAGAUGGCUGUGGUGGAUCUGGAGGGUUUGAAUCCAGAAAAUCUUCUAAAAAUAGACGAGAUAAAGAGAAGCAAAUGUGUAAAGGCUGCAGUGAAACUUUUAACUCAAUCACCAAAAGACGGCAUCAUUGCAAGCAGUGUGGCGCUGUGAUCUGUGGAAAAUGUUCGGAAUUUAAGGCCGAUAAUAAUCGCCAGAAUCGUGUUUGCAAAGAGUGUUUCAUUGUGUCGUCCACAAUUCCUAGUAGCCCAGGACCUGAAGCUCUUGGUGAUCAAAAGAAGAAAGUGGAGAAGCCAAAUGUUGCAGCCCCUGAAAACAGCCUGUUUUGCAGCAAUCUCCUGAUCCUUGACAAAGGGAAGGCUUGGAGCAAGGUGUGGGUGACCAUUCCAAAGACUGAUCCUCUGGUAUUGUAUCUGCAAGGGAGCAGCCAGGACGCACGGACUAUCCGGACCAUCCCCCUCCCCGGGUACGAAGUAAGUUUGCCAGGGCCAGCCGAGAAACCGGACCCCAAGCCGCACGUGCUGAAGCUUUGCCAGUCCCACCAGACCAUAUAUUUCAGUGCAGAGGAUGAAGAGCUACAGAUAAAAUGGAUGGACAUUCUCACCAAAGCAGCCAAAGGGGAGAUGGAUGAGCCUGCUGAGGGAGCCAAAAACCCACAGGGCAGUUCGAUGUAGCAGAAUCCAUACUGCUCAAUUACAGUGGCCCUGGAACUUGGGGAUGUGUAUGACUUUCUAUAUUUUCAUGUGUCUGCAUAGAAACUUCAGUGUCGUCUCCGCUCUUUCCAUUAGAGGAGGGACGGGCCCAGGUGGGUUGUCCAGCCUCCAGCAAUUAGGGCCCCUGGGGAAGGAGAGCCCUUCCAUGCCUGGAACUGGGCUGUGGUGCCACCAAGUAGUGGCUCACAUAUGAUAUGGAGUGGCUAAGGGGGGAAGCUGGAGAGGAAAUGGAGGUGGAAAAAAGUAGUAGAAAAAAAGGCCUGGGCCAUUCCAAGAGUCCAUGUGUUCACUCCGUGGAGCUAAAGUCUCCACCAGCUCUUUCUCAGAGCUCACCUGCUUAAUAAUUGUGGUAUUUGUUAAGUGCUUACUGUGUGCCACGCACUGUACUAAGUGCUGGGGUAGAUACACGACCAUCAGGUUGAAUCCAGUCUCUGUCUCACCUGGGGCUCGCAGUCUAAGUAGGAGGGAGAACAAGGUAUCUUAUCCCUGUUUAACUUGUGUUUCUUGACCCUGGCCUAUUUCCUUCCCACCCUGCCACCCAGUAUGCCCUCUCCCAUCUCCGCUCAUGUAAUCACUCCAUCAGUGGUAUUUAUUGAGCACUUACUCUGUGCAGAGUACUGUGCUAAGCACUUGGGAGCAUACAAUACAACAGAGGUGGUAGACACGAUUCCCGCCCUAAAGCCUUACAUACAGGUGAAGGGAGAAGAGAAGUAAGAAGUAUGACAUCGAGUCUUGAGCCUGAACCUUAGGGACUGAAGGAGACCAGGGGUCCAAUUGGUUUCCUCCCCCAUUCCCCUCCUCCCCCGCCGUUGUGUGUGAACUGGCUGUUGCCAUUGCAUAUGUACAAAGGUAGUCGUAGUUGCUGAUGAUGUUCGGUGGUGCUGACCUCAAAGAGAAAGAGGAGAACCGCUCAUUCUGUCCAAUGGUGGGGUCACUAUCACUCUCUUGUUUUGCUAAAUGUCUAUUUCACCAUUCCUUCAGAUUGCUAUUCAGUGCAGAAUGUGGAGUAUGUGAGUAGUUAAGUAAAUCCCAGGUUUAAGCUAAAUGCUUUAAAGGCUUGGAGCUGGUAGGGGGAAUUCUCUCCUCCUUAGCCUUUGUUUGCUGAUAAAAAAUGGUCCCCGUAAAGCAUCAAUCAUGUAGCUAAGUUUUCCUUUGGCUCAAACUGUCGCUUUGCUGGUUUGUGAUGAUCCCUUGUAAAGGAGAAUGCUGUGAAAAAGGACUUGUAAUCAUUUCUACAGCUUUCUGCCGAAAUGAAAAUUUGAAGCUACCUAUAGUGUUGGGAAUUUACCAAAUGUGCUAUGUGUAUUUUUAUAUCCCAACCUUUCUAAUUUCCUUUUUUAAGAUCUAGUGGGUGACUUUUUUUUGUAUACGUAAGGCGUUGCCAAUCAAUGAGAAUAUUUGUAGUCUUCACAGGAAAGGUGGUUUUUUUCAGUUGUUUUGUUCAAUUCUCCAGUAACCUGGGGUUUAUUUAUAAUUUGUACAUAAUGUUUCAUAAGUAUUUCCAAAACUUUAAAAGAUUUUCGCUUGUAACGGAAUUUAGUGCAUAGAGUGCUGAGAUAUCUAAGUGAAUUUGAAUUUCUUGUUAACCAGCAUUUGUUUUGUUCCCAAAGUCCUGUGCUUGUCUAUUUAAAUAAAAACCCUGCAGCCAUCUCUCAAGCCAA